GCACAGGGACGCUGCCAGACGGUAUUAGGCAUACCUACGUGACUGACGGGAGUGAGAAGAGCAGGAGGAACAACAGAUCCGAACCGUGCAGUGUAGUGCCAGACUGUGCACUGUGCAGUACGCUGCAUCGGUAGCACCAUGCUCGGGAGAGGUAACACGGAGCUGUGGAAACAGGUCUGGCUGAAAAUGAAGACUACGAGUACUGCAAUCAACAGACUGUUUGGAUCUACUCGAAGCAAAUUCAUUCUACUUGCCAUUGUAAUUGGCGUGGGUCACCUUCUGGUGUACAGCACAUCUUGCGGAACAUGUAACUCCCUGUUUACUUCGUUCCGCAACAAGACGGUUGUCUUGCCAGCACUCGCAGGAACGUUUCAGCCUUCAAGAGCGGACAGCGUUCAGACUGAUGAUCUGGCCAGCCCGAAUAGAACCCUGCCUCCCGCACAGCCUCUGCCAGAGAACACCAGCUCAGAUGCGCGGUGCAGAGCUCGUCUAUUAUCGGGCAACAACAGAUCUGGUGGAUUCAUAGAUCUUUCUGCUGGAGUAAUAACAGGAGGAUCAAAUGGAAGACUAGGAAACAACCUUAUGGAAUACGCCACCAUUUUCGGCAUGGGAAUCAAGUACAAUAUGACCGCCGUGGCAACACCGUACCUGCUCCGCCGGAUAGCGCGAGUUUUUCCACAUACAACCAUGCCAGUGGUAGCGGACGACUGUGUGAAAAACUUCACCCAUAUUUCUCCAGAAAACUUCGAAGCGAUGAACGAUACUCAGAGAAGGAAGGGAAAGUGGAAUAUUUCUUACUACUUGCAUCGAAUCAGAACUUUCUGGUACUAUCGUGAAGAUCUUCUUAAGGAAUUCCGAUUCAGGCAUGACCUGACGAAGUACGCCAACAUGCUCCUGCGCAGGGUGGCGGCCGGCAGGAGUAACGUCACCUUUGUCGGAGUUCAUGUUCGAAGGACAGACUUCGUCAAUCAUAUGCAGAAUUUCUUUCACGGCCAUCUAGUGAAAGCGUCAUUCUUUCACUCUGCGAUGAGCCUAUGCAGGAAGCGCUAUAAUAACCCAGCUUUCAUCGUGACCAGCGAUGACAAACAAUGGUGCAGGCAGCAUCUGAGUGCGCCCGAUGUGCACUUUCUGGGCGAUCCACGCAGCGAGUCCCCCGGCGUGGAGCGGGACCUGGCCCUGCUGGCCGCCUGCAAUCACACCAUCUUCGACUAUGGCACCUACGGCUUCUUCGCGGCAUUCCUGGCAGGUGGAGAUAUGAUUCUGGCCGACGGGGUCUCGGAGAUCGAGUCCGAAGAGGUGGCCGAGCUCAGGGAGGGCAAAAUCAACGCCACAUUCAUCGACGGAAACGGACGAGUGCUCCCAAGAUGCGUCCGCUGCUCGUGACGCCGGCAUCAUGUACUUGUUAUUCACGAAUAUUUUCUACUACGUGCACUUUUACUGUCGUGACAAGUUUUUGGUGUUGCGUUUUAUCGAGUUUUUUACAUGCUUUAUAUGGUCGUUGCCCGUUGGUAUUACCGUGU